AUGCAUCGCGCGUCCUCGUCCGCGUCGACGAGCGACGGGCGAUGGACGCGCGCGGGCGCGGGGCGUCGAUCGCGGACGUUGUUUCCGUGCGGUGCUCGAUUGGACGGCGUGCGGUGCGUCUUGCGGAGACGGUCGGGGACGACGACGCGGGACGUCAGGCUGGACGUCGAGGCGGUCGGGGACGACGACGGACCGCGGUGGAUCGGAGAGGGCGCGGACGACGAUGGAUCGCGGGACGUCGGUGAGAGCGAUGCGGUGAACGACGCGGGGGCGGUUGGGACGCCGGGAUCGGAGACGACGGCGCGAGAGGUGAGCGCGGAGUCCGAACGCGACGGCGCGGCGGAGCGAUCGACGCGGGCGGGGAGCUCGAGGUCGAACUCGAGCGACGAAGUGAAUGGAUCGGCGAAGAUGAUCGUCGACGAUGGUGCUCGGGUGGACGUGAGCGUGGAUGAGGGCAGUGGCGUGAGUGGGACGGUGCGAUUGCGUCGCAAGUCGGAGCCCGAGCCGACGUACGUCACGGCUGGCGGGACGGUGCGGAAGAAAGUCGAUCCAAGUCGUGGGCUGGGUCCGAGGCGGUCGUACGCGCGAGAGGCCUUGCUCAAGGCUCGUCGGAACGCUGCGGAUGCGAUUGAUAAUCUGCGCACUAAUCGGCUUGAGGUGAGCGCGAGCGCGAAGGAUGGCAUCAGCGAAGAGGCGAGAAUCGCUGGCGAAGCGGUCGCCUUGGCGAAGGUCACCGCCGAGGCUUUGCGAGGGACGGGGCCAAUCACGAUGGAGGAGUGGAGCGCUGCGAUGUCCACCGCAUUAUCGGCGGUCUGGCGAGAGCUGUGGUAUCGCUGGAGCCAAAAAUUGAAACAGUCGGUGAAGUGGGCGUUGGCGCUCACAGCCGUGAUGUCCGCAGUGUUUCAUUACAUCGUCGGCCCAGCCGUCGUGAGUCCUAGACUGCCGUACAUCGGCGAGAUGGCGAGUUCGGUAGUCGGUCGCCCGGUGCGCGUCGGUCGGUGUAAGAGUUUGUCCUUCAUGGGCGCUCUGGGGUUUGGGAAAUUCCUCGAGGUUGGUCCGGUGGUUUUGGGUCCGUCGGAGACGGAGAAGAGCAUAGUCGAGGUGGAUUCAGUGAAGAUUUCUUACGAUGUCCUGCGCUCGAUUUUGAGACGCAAGCUAGUCACUGAGGUGAACCUAGAGGGCGUUAACGCGUCGCUUCGACAGGGUGAGAAUAACUCAUGGUUCGGCUAUCCCGAGGAUACAAAUCCGUUAAGCUCCAGGCCGACGUUACAGCUCGGAUCGAUUUCAAAGGCGGGCGUUAAAAAGCAGCAGAGCUUUGCACCCUCGGUAGAAUUGAGAGUCGUUCGUCUCGAUCGUGGGAACGCCAAGCUGAACUUACAAGGCGACCCAGAGCCGCGCAAAUUGAGAAACGUGCAAGGCAAGGCGGUGAUAAGUUCCGCCGGUAGAGUCGAAAUGGAUCUGGUGAUGAUACCGGAGACCAGGCAAACGCCUCCAACAAAACGACCAACGACCAUGCUUGCCAAAAAUCCAGUCAGGCACUUGCGGAAAGAGCAGACCCCUGCAGAGGUUAGAUCGCUAGAGACAGAAGUGCUACGAGGAACGAACGGCGGGCAGAUUCGUGCGUUUGCAACUUACACGCCAGCGCAACAGCGUGGCAGCCGGGCCAGGCAGGGAUAUGCCGAAUUGAAGGUUCGGGCGCAACUCAACAACACUAGCGCAGCGUUUCUUGAGCGCGUGAUACCGAAUGUUCCAAUCGACAUUCGAGGCGGUCGUUUGGACGGAGAGGUACGCUUGACGAGCAACAGCAAGUCAACGUGGAGUUUCCCUGAUUUUGGUGGUCAGUUGAAGGGGAAAAAUCUCUGGUUUCACUUUUUUGACUCGACGGAUGACUUCGCCGACACCGACGUCGAUUUAGUCUUUGAGGGUAAACGAAUGUACAUGCAUGGGGGCGAGGGAUACUUUGGACACGUUCCGUUGACGGUGACUGGAGAUCUCGAUUUGAAUUCCGCUGACGGCGAGUACCGCCUGAGUGCUCAAGUGAGCCCGGUUGAGGUACAUGAUUUGCGAGAAACUUUGGGAGUUCGCCCGAUUCCUCGACCAUUGGCCGGGAGUGUCAAAGGUUUCUUGUAUUGUUCGGGUCCGCUGGAGGCGCCCGUAUUCACAGGUCGAGCUGAGACCACGGUUCCAACGACAGGCAAUUUGAACAAAGAAAAGCCAGGAACGGAGAUGGCUUGGUCUGAGGAUGCGGUUAAGGCUGCCCAAAGUCAAGGUGCGGUUGCGGCGUACGAUCGUGUUCCGUUCAAAUCGGCGAACGCAGUCUUUACGGCGGACAUUAAGAAAGGAAUAUUUUCUUUACACAGUGCGGAAGCAAUUCCAGUUGACGGAGGUAAACUUCGCGCUUCUGGUCGCAUUUCAACCAAGCCAGACGCAUUGCAUGACCCUGAGGCGCUGGACGUGGAAGGUACGGGCGCGGAUCUAGAUGUUCUGAAACUUGCCAAACGACUCGUCUCACCCGGCACCGAAGAACCGCCCUGGCUCCAUCGACUGUGUCCAUCUUCACCGGUGAGUGUCUCGGGUACUUUUGUCGGCGCUCUCUCAGAGCCUGUUCUUAGCGCGAAUUGGACGGUUGAAGAAGAGGAAUACAAAGGUCAUUUGAUGAUGACGAGGGAGGGCGUGACGACAAAUCUCGAGACUCCUGUUCUUGAAAUGAAAGCGUCCGUCGCGACACAGUUUGCUCCUUUAGAAGUGCAACUGAAAGCGACGAGUGUUGAGGAGGCGAUUGCGUUAGGUAAGCCAAAGGUCACGGAUGCCGAGGCUGACUUCAAGCUCAACGGCGCGGAUGUUGCGACUUGGUUGAUAGCUGAGGAUGCGACCGACGCACCAGACCGUGUUCGCCUUCGCCUCGGAGGCCGCACACGACUGAAGGGUAAGUUUACUCAGCCGCGGAACGAAGACGACGAAGAAAUUGUGGGUAUGCUUCCGUCGUUCACCGGGCAACUUCAGUUGGAUAAUCUUCGAGUGAACAAGCUGGAGUUUGCCCCCAAAAUGACCGGCAAGUUGAAGGCGUCCGAAUCUGGACUCCAGUUGCAUGCGAAGAGCAGAUCCGAUGAGUACCUGGAAACUUCCAUCGACAACAACGGUAAAGCCAGCGUCAGCAUCCGUCGCAAUAAUCUUAAACUUUCGGGUGCCGUCGAUGAUUUCGCUGGAAGCUUGGAAGUUGCUGGACUCAUGCUCGAUGAUUUAGAAAUCGCUUCUCUGCGCGGAAAAGUUGAAGCCGCUACUGCCAAAAUUGACUUGCGCGAUCGUACGGGUACCGGCAUGCUUUCUCUGAAGCAACCACGUGUGAGCGGUAUCUCUGGUGAAUCGCUGAAAGCGAACGUUAGUUGGAAAGAUCGUAUCGUGAGUCUCGAGCGCGCGACGUUAAAGCAGUUGAAGUCAAAGUAUCAAGCUGAUGGCGACUACGCACUUCCCGACGAGGUUUGGAACGCGUUGCCAAGCAAGCGCGUUCCAGUCGAGGAAGAAAGCCCCAUCGUUGAAGAUAUUGUUCCGGUCACGGAUUCUAUGACGACGCCCACUGCGACGCAACAACCGGAAUUUGCGGCACAAACGCGAGACAUUGAAGUGGAUGCGGAGGAACCUCCGGUGCAAACCGACGCCGUCGAGAGCAAAUUCUUCAAACGACUUCGUCGACCCACGAUGAUUGAUAAAUUCACGCAGGGGACAAUUAUGAAGAUCAAGCGUCUCAUUUCAAAACAGCCUCCUAAGGUUGAAACGGAGCUAACAUCGAACGUCCAGACAAGAGCUGGAACGAGACAAGUUGAAUUGCAGCAAACUGUUGAGUCUAUCGAGGAACAAAGACUCGAAAAAUCGCAACCUGCAGAUGAUAGAGUGGAACAAGUUACGUAUACCGUCGACGACGAAACGACGCUUGUCGACAAUGAUAGGAAUACAUCGGUUGAUGCGGAUGACCAACAAGACGCACCAACGACUGAUGCCCCCGCCGAUACGGUUCAAGAAGCAGCUGAAGAAGAAGCGAUGGAGACCUCCAAAGAUGUCUUGUCUGCUGAAAUCGCCGCGAUAGUUCAAGGAAUCGACGAUGAAAAAGUCAAGACAACAGCUGCGGGGAAAGCAUUUAAAUCUGUGUUCCGCACGGCUCGAAACGUCGUCACGUCAAACAGAUUGAAGGAAAAGGAGGCACCGGAAGAGAAACCGCGCAUUGGAUUGGAAUCGUACGAAAAGGAGUUCGCUGCAGCCACUUCUGGUGCGUGGCGAUUCCGACUCGCGGUGCCGCAAGCGGACAUCGAAGAAAUGCUUCCAGUCGUACGAGUUCUCACGGAUCUUCGCAAGGGAGCGACUUUGGAGGAAUACGGCAGGGCGAAACAAGCUUUUCUGGCUGGCGUGGAAAACAUGGGGUACGCCUUUGUGGAUUUGGCACGGCAAGUUGAUGAAGUAUCGGCGGAAACUAAGGGCGACAUCGAGGGAGUAGACAAUAUUCCCAUCGAUGCUUUGGCGACAAAAGAGUCGGUAAAACAACUACCUGGCUUGCAAGACUUAAAAGGGGAAUGGCACGGCAUGAUUCAAGCCACGGGAGGUCACCAAGAGGUGCUUGAUUCGCAACCAACAGAGACUGUUCUCUUUGACGUCGCUGGUAGCGAUUGGCAGUGGGGGCAGUAUAAGGUCUCGCGAGUCGACGCACAGGGCGAGGCCAAUUCGAAAGAAGGGUUGAAAUUGAAAAACUUGGAAGUGUCUUCAGAUGCGGCGAGUCUGUCCGUUUCGGGUGCCAUAGGCGGUCCCAAGCAAGAUGCAACGUUCGCCGUCAGAGAUUUCCCAGCGCCACUGCUCGGCGCAUUUGUGGGACCGAUGCUUCCGGAGCAAGCUGUCGCCGAUUUCCCUCCGGUGAGCGGCGACUUACUUGUCCAGGGUCAUCUUGCCGGCUCUGUUACUGCACCGGAAGGCGAGUUCCUCAUGCGUCUCCGUGACGGCAAGAUCGGCAACGUCAAGCUGAAGACGGCUGAGCUUAACGCCGAACUAAAUGACGCAAGGCGUGCUGAGUUCGAGGGUGAAGCCAUGCCCGCCCAGGGCACCGGUGUCUUCCGAAUCGCCGGCGCAGUCCCGCUUCCUGAGGCCACCGAUCAGUCUUUGGCUGUCGAUUGGCGCGUGCGAGAGCAAGGCGUCACCCUGCUAACUGCGUUUGUUCCACAGAUCGCGGAAUGGCAGAGCGGCGCUGCCGAUUUAUCCUUACACGUCAGAGGCACUCCGACCGCGCCGGUGUAUGACGGCGUGAUGGAGAUCCGAAAGGCACGCGUGUUAUCGCCGUUGCUCGCGCGUCCGAUUUACCCGGCGAACGCGACUGUUCGUAUCCAGCGUAACACGUUGUACGUGGAUGACGUCGAGGCGAGGAGUGGUAAGGGCGUUCUGCGAAUGAAGGGAGCGAUGCCCAUACUCAAGCCCUCCCGUCCAGCGGGUGGUGAAACUUGGGAAGGUCUCGUCGCUCGAGCCGACACCCAAGGGGGCGUCAAGGUCUCGAUGGACGGACUCGACAUGCGAGUCAGGAACGUGUACAGCGGACAGCUGAACGCAAACAUGGUCGCUAAGGGAACUGUCUUGGCGCCCGAACUCAGUGGGGACGUUCGCUUUUCUAGAGGUACGGCACUCGUACAGCAGCAAGCACCCGUCGAAGGCGCACUGAACCAGGAAAGUGACAAGAGAGGAGUGCUCGCUGGGAUUUUAGAACGAGCUGCUCGUGCAAAUGACCCGAAUCACCGGGAUGGUUAUUCUUCCGAUUUGGAAAACGAAUUCAUGAGCGAGAAAAAUCUCGAGAAGCUGCAAAACUUCCGUUUACGAGGUCUUCAGAUCAAUGUUGGUCCCGAGAUUUCGGUGGUGUACCCUUUCGUCAUGAAUUUUGGUGUGAGCGGUGAAAUCACGCUCGACGGCGCUGUCGACGCAAACGCCAUCAAGCCGAACGGCUCGCUUUAUUUCGAUAGAGGUGACGUCAACUUGGUCGCCACGCAAGUCAGACUCGACCGAGACCAUCCGAACAGGGUCGUAUUCUCUCCGGACAAAGGUUUAGAUCCGUUCGUCGACAUGGCUUUCCUCGGCACGGAUCUUCGAGCACUUAUCCAAGGUCCGGCGUCACGAUGGACGGACAGCCUGACGCUCACCUCUUCAGCGCAGGUCACUCCGAGUGAGGGUGACACGAUUUCACCGAGCGAAGCGGCGCGGAUUUUCGAGAGUCAGCUCGUCGAGUCCUUGCUCGAGCAUGACGGCACCAUCGCCUUCAGUAACUUGGCGUCUUCAACAUUGGCGUCUCUCAUGCCAAAGAUAGAAGCGGGCGGUAACGUCGGGAGAGCUCGAUGGCGAUUGACCGCCGCACCGUCGCUGCCCGGUCUUCUGUCUCUCGACCCAGAUUUGGAUCCAUUCAGUAGCACUGGCUCUUUCACGCUCGGUUCUGAAGCCGAAAUUUCCUUUGGUGAUUCACUUCAAGCGACGCUUAGCCGCAACCUCGAUGCGGAAGAGAUGCGCACCGAAUUGUCGCUCGUUUAUAAGCUCACAAAGAAAUUACGGAUGCAGUUGAAGAGUCUCUCGGCGUCCGCCACGCGAGUCAUGUUUGAAUUCAGUACGAAAGAUUAG